CCUAAUUUUAAUCUCUAAGCCGGUAAGUGGUUACUGGUUAGGUAGUUACACUCCGAGAAGACGACCAGCACAAGCUCGGUCAAGCUCUCUAUUUCGGUAUUUCCAACUUAACCAAAACCUCUCUUUUCCAGAUCUCUGCGCAUGUAAUCAAAACUUAAAACCCUAACUAUGGCGAAACUCCUCUGCAUCUUCACCAUUUUCUCUCUCCUCAUCUCACUCUCAACCGCCUUCGAUCCAGUCAAGCCGACCGAUCGAAAGAUCCUCGUCAUUCUAGAAGACGCGUCUUACAAAUCUUCUCACUCAAUUUACUUCAAUUCUCUGCAAUCUCGUGGUUACAACCUAGAUUUCAAGCUUUCAGAUGAUCGCAAAAUCGCUCUUCAACGUUAUGGUCAUUACUUGUACGACGGCCUCAUUCUCUUCUCUCCUUCUGCUGAUAGUAUUGGAGAUGGAUCGUUGAAGUUAAAUGAUGUGUUGGACUUUGUUGAUUCUGGACACGAUUUGAUUGUUGCUGCUGAUGCCAAUGCAUCUGAUUUUAUCCGUAAUGUUGCCUCAGAGUGUGGUAUUGAUUUUGAGGAUGAUACAGCAGCUGUAGUUGUAGAUCACACCAGCUAUUCAGUAUCUGAGAUUGAAGGUGAUCAUACACUAAUUGCUAGUGAUGAUAUCAUCAAAUCCGAUGUGAUUCUUUGGAGAGAGAAGAUUGAGGCUCCUGUGCUAUUUAGGGGGAUUGCACACUCAGUAAAUGCUGCUAGUAGUCUGGCAUUGAAGGUUCUCUCAGCUUCUCCGGCAGCAUAUUCUGCUAAUCCAAACAACAAGCUUUCAAAACCUCCAGCUUUGACUGGCACUUCCAUCUCCCUGGUUUCAGUUGUCCAGGCUAGAAACAAUGCUCGAGUUCUGAUUUCUGGCUCUUUGGAUAUGUUUAGUGACCGGUUUCUAAGGUCAAGUGUCCAAAAAGCUGGGACCUCAUUUAAGUAUGAAAAAUCUGGUAAUGAGCAGUUUUUAACAGAGUUAAGCAAAUGGAUAUUCCAUGAGAGGGGUCAUCUAAAGGCUGUCAAUGUUAAACAUCAUAAACUUGGGGAAACAAAUGAACCUUCCAUCUAUCGCAUCAAGGAUGACCUGGAAUACUCUGUUGAGAUAUACGAGUGGUCUGGAACUAGCUGGGAGCCCUAUGUGGCUGAUGAUGUGCAAUUGCAGUUCUACCUGAUGAGCCCCUAUGUGUUAAAGACCCUAUCAAAAGAUAAGACGCAGGGUUUAUAUCACACAUCAUUCAAAGUUCCAGAUGUUUAUGGGGUUUUCCAGUUCAAGAUUGAGUAUCAGAGACUUGGUUAUACAAGCUUGUCUCUUGCGAAACAGAUUCCAGUACGUCCAUACAAUCAUGACGAAUAUGAAAGAUUUUUACCAGUGGCUUUUCCUUACUAUGGGGCUUCAUUCUCGACGAUGGCUGCCUUCUUUAUCUUCAGUAUUCUUUACCUGUACCAUAAGUAGAGCCCAUCUUCAGGCUGUCACUGAGGGUAUGCCCUUAUUCGAGAUUACAAUCUUUGCUGCGAGGAUCAAUUCAUGAUUUUGUUACUUUCAAUAUCUGAAGCUUUGCGACAUUCACAGUUACCAUGAUGUUUUGACAAUCUAAGAAGCUGUUGGUGACCUAUUUCCAAUGUAGGUCCAGAAAGCUAUUAUAGCUAGCCGAGGUAAUUAGUAAUAGCUAAUCAAAGAUAGUUUGAAGAUACCUGAAAGAGGCUGAUGUAAGAGCAUUUGAGUUAAUCUCACUUAAAUUUAUUACAGAUGCAUUUGUAAUUUAAGUGCUCUUGGGGUCCUUGCAGCCUGAAUUUGAUAGUAUGAGGUACGCUCCUGAUGAGAUGGCAUCCCUGCUUUUAGGAGUAUCUCUUCUCCAAUGGUUUUAAAUCCUAAUUAUCUUA